GAGGGAGGGGCAAGAUGGCGGCGCCGCCGGGGAGCCUGUCGGGGCUGGGUCUCUUUCUGCUGCUCCUGAUCUGCGGGAGGGGCUGGGCUGCCGCGGGCUCCUCCGAGGCCUUUGACUCGGCGCUGGGGAGCACGGCGUCGUGCCACCGGGCCUGUCAGCUGACUUACCCCCUGCACACCUACCCCAAGGAAGAGGAACUGUAUGCAUGUCAGCGAGGCUGCAGACUGUUUUCUAUUUGUCAGUUCGUGGAUGAUGGAAUUGACUUGAAUCGUACCAAACUGGAAUGCGACUCUGCCUGUACUGAAGCAUAUUCCCAGUCUGAUGAACAAUAUGCUUGCCAUCUUGGGUGCCAGAAUCAGCAGCCAUUUGCUGAACUGAGACAAGAGCAAUUAAUGUCCCUGAUGCCAAGGAUUCAUCUCCUUUUCCCUCUGACACUGGUGAGAUCAUUCUGGAGUGACAUGAUGGACUCAGCACAGAGCUUCAUAACUUCCUCAUGGACCUUCUACCUUCAAGCAGAUGAUGGCAAAAUAGUUAUAUUCCAGUCAAAGCCAGAAGUUCAAUAUAUUCCACAGGACACCACAGAGCUGAAAGAAUCGUUGUUGAGCAAAACAUCCGCAGACCUACAGCCAGGAGGUUCACAGACACACAGAGGAUUUUUUGAAGAGGAGGAAAGCAAUAGCUUUUUCAAAUGUCUUUCUAUAAAUUCUGGUUGGAUUUUAACUACUACACUUGUUCUCUCCGUACUGGUGCUACUCUGGAUUUGUUGUGCUACUGUUGCUACAGCUGUACAGCAGUAUGUUCCAUCUGAGCAGGGCGUCAUGAGCGACAUCACGCUGAUGAGGAUCUCGGAGAGCGACAGGGAACGGAUGCUUCGGGAGAGCAUGCAGAAACCAGGGCCGUAUGCCGCCAUGCUCUGCCGUGCUAUGAUCCCAGAGUACUUGAUAGAGUCAUGGCGUGGAAACGUGUCGUACCAUGGUGGACCUAAUAAGAUCGCCUUGCCAAGGAACCUGAUGCACAGGCUUGAGCAUUACCUCCAGGAGAGCUAUGCGGAGAUCUCCCAUGAGGAUUUCGUGUCAAUUCCCGGACAUAUAGACGAAGCUGAGCAUCUAUGGAGACUUGGAGUACAUGAAUGAAAAACUGACCAGAUACCCAGCUUCUGCUCUUGUUGUUGUUCGAUGCAAGACUGAUGAACAUGAAGAAGCAGGACCUCUACCCACAAAAGUUAAUCUGGC